AUGGCGCGGCAGACCGAUCGCCGCAUCGCACAGGCUUUUCACAAACUGGGUGGCUGGUCCUUCUAUGGGAGAGGGCCAAGGCCAGCGGAGAGGCUGUACACAUGGGCCGGCUUCCAAGCAUGUACUCAAGCGGUGAUGAGUUCUCAGAAGGCCACCAUGUUCUGGGCAUUUGUGAUCCUCACAAACUCGGUGUACUUGGGAGUGCACCUCGAAUGGAGCGUCGAUCAUCCAGGGUUUACUGGGAACGACACCUUCUAUGCCCUGCAUCUGGUGUAUGCUUUCCUCUUCACCCUCGAGGUUGCGCUGCGAAUUGUUGCCUGGGGAUGCUGGGCUCUUGUGUUUGGGAAGGACUGGUAUUGGAAUUGGCUGGACCUCUUUGUUGUGAUCUCCUCGUGGGUGGAGUUCGUCAUCGACCUGACAAGCUUGUCAGACCAGGAGCCGGUGAGCAGGGGGAACAGCAACUUCCGCCUGAUGAGGUUCGUAAGAUUGGGGCGGCUGGUUCGUGUUGUCCGCAUCGUCCGCGUUGUGCGCCUCUUCCGGGCUUUGCGGACGCUAGUGGCAUCACUGGCAGGAACGCUGAAGUCACUGUUUUGGUCGUUCUUGCUGCUGGGGUUAAUUAUCUACAUAUUUGCCAUACUCUUCACUGACGUGGUGUUGGAUUACAUGAUCGAGUUUGGUGUGCCUCAAUCGGAGAGUGACCCGAUGCAAUACCACUUCGGCGACCUCUACAGCUCUUCCACCACCCUGUUCCGCUCCAUCUCGAACGGUCUUUCCUGGCACGUUGCCGCCGAUGCCCUGCAUCCUGCAGGCGAGUUCUGGGUGCAAGCCUUCAACUUUUUCGUCGCGUUUUGCAGCUUCGCGGUCUUAAAUGUAAUGACUGGCGUUUUCUGCAACAGCGCUAUAAAAGCCGCAGAGAACGACCACGAUCUGGCCGUGCAGUCCCUGGUGCAAAUGCGCAAGGAACUCAAGGAGCAGGUUACGCAGCUUUUCUCCUCGAUCGAUGAGCGUGGAAUGGGCCAACUGACGAUCUCUGAGUUCGAGCGACACUUUGACAAUGAUGCUGUCAAGGAGCUUGGCUUGCAGGCGUUCUUCGAGAUUCUGAAAAUUGGCGCGGUAGAUGCUUGGACGUUGUUCUCCAGCUUGGACAAGGAUGUGCAGCACGGUUCUGCUGGUACUGCCUGUAUGCAGCUUCAUGGCCCCGCAAGGUCUGCUGAUCUGUUUGCGAUGAGGCAGCAGAGCGUGGCUUGUUUGAGAAUAAUGCCCGUGCUUGACGUGUGGGACUGGAAGCUAGUAGCAGCUGAUCGUCGGGGGCCUGAUUCGCUUCAUGACCAGCGCAAAUGCCCUGUUGCUCUUUCUGCAGGGGUGAAGGCGAAGUAUGGAAAACAACUUCGCAAGAUGGAGGAGGCUCAGAAGCGUCAGAGCCAACAACUGGCCCAGCAACUUGGCCAGAUGUGGCUUUUUCUGAUUCAGACAGAUCGCCAAUGCGAUGAUGCCUCGGCAGGCUACGUGUCCGACAUGGCUGUGAGGGGUUGGCGAGAGAUGGCGAGAGAUGGCCGAGAUGGAGCCCUGGCGGCUGUGAGAUUCUUUGCAUUGUAUGGCUACGUGCCUAUCAAUGGCGUGUGCCUCAAGAAGUCUUCAAGGCUCAAGCCGUAUGCUGCUUCUGCCCCGAUUGCCCAACAUGGGCACGAAGUAUCGAGUCAUGCGACGCAGAGCUUUGAAAACGUCCGGCAAGCUGUGAAUGGAGAACUGGCAAAGAGCUGUACUCACUUUGGACUGCACUCUGGUAACAUUCUUCGACUCGGCAGUCGGCAAGGCAUGACCGGCAUCUCCGAAGAUAGUCUCAUCAGACCUCUACAUGUCAUAGGUUCACCAAUGGAUGGCUCCUCUGCAUCGGGGGCUCCAGUGCCUUUCGGACAUUGGGUCAUGGAGGGCGAGGUUGACAUGCCGAAGGUGGUCGAUGAAGUCCUGCACAAGCACAGCAUGCAGGCAGAAAGGGCAGGGCUGAAAGCGCGAGGUACAGUAGUCGCAGUAGCCUUGCUCCAGCAGGUCUGCGAGCACAUGGACCGUGUCCUGGAUACGUGGUUGGAGAAGUUUGAAUCAAUGCUUCAGAGGUCUCAUUUCGAGAGCGGGGCUUCCUUGGACCCAGACAGCCUCCUUGGACCAGAAAGGCUGAUCAGCGGCUCGUUUGCCCGCGGUGAGAGCAACCAAGCGGAGUCCGUGGAGUCGGUGAACCAGACAAAUAGCUCACAAGUGGGUAUACGACCCAGCUACAUUCGUGAGGACAGCCCAAGCAGCUAUGAGCUGGCCAAGAGGACGGGCGAUGCCGUGACACAGGCGUUUUCCAAAGUUGGGAGUGCCAGCAAGGAAAAGUUCAGUCGCAAGCGAAUUGGACCCGCUGUACGAAUGGGGAGGACCUGCCAAGAAUGGGCGGCCAGGAUCGUAAACUCACAGGUUGCCGGCAUCUUCUUCGCGAUGGUGGUCCUAUCAAACUCAGUAUAUCUUGGGAUCCAUCUCUCCUGGAGCUCGCAGCACCCCGAAGAGACCUCAAACUCGGUGUUCCUAACAAUGCACGUGGCGUAUUCUGUGCUGUUUACGCUGGAAGCGGUGCUCCAUCUUAUCGCCGUCGGGCCUGCAGCAUACAUCUGCGGCAAUAGUUGGUCCUGGAAUUGGCUGGACAUCUUCGUGGUCACCUCCUCAUGGAUCGAGCUAGCAGUUGACAUCGUGUCCCCGGAUCACGAGACCAUGGGAGCCAAUAGCAACCUCCGAAUCAUGAGGUUGCUUCGACUGGGUCGUUUGGUUCGUGUGGUGCGCGUCGUUCGCGUCGUGAAGCUCUUCAGGGCUCUGCGGACGCUUGUGUACUCGCUCCUGGGGACGCUCAAGUCGCUGUUUUGGUCCUUCUUGCUCUUAAUCCUGAUUAUUUACAUUUUCGGCAUACUCUUCACUGACGUCGUCCUGAACCACUUGUGGGAGGAGGGCAGAACUGCCGCCACAGAAGAUGUGCAGCAGUACUUCGGAACGCUCUACGCAUCCAUUAUCACGCUAUUCAGGUCUAUCUCCAACGGCUUCACCUGGGAUAAAGCUGCCGACUCACUUGAACCCAUCGGCUGGUUCUGGGUACAAACCUUCCACUUCUAUGUGGCAUUCUGCAGUUUUGCACUUCUCAAUGUCAUGACUGGCGUGUUUUGCAACAGUGCUAUCAAAGCGGCUGAACGUGACCAUGACAUGGUGCUACAAUCGGUCAUGCAAACACGGCGCGACUACCAAGAUGUUGUGAGCAACCUUUUCAAGAAGAUUGAUGAACGUGGCCUUGGGCAUCUCACCAUUACUGAGUUCGAGCGACAUUUCGAUGACGAGGCCGUGCAGGCCCUGUUUGAGUAUCUCCAAAUCGGUGCCAUGGAUGCUUGGACUCUGUUCGUCAGCCUCGACAAGGACGGUGACCACACGAUCAAUGUGGAAGAGUUCACAGAGCGCUGUAUACAGCUGCAUGGCCCUGCAAGAUCCGCAGACCUCUUCGCCGUGCGUCAGAGUUGUGCCGCUGGGUUGCAAGGUGUGUGGAAGGUUCGUCUGUCGUUCAACGAGGGGUCUACAGCCGUGACAGCUUCGAUGAUGAUAGCUUGGUCGAAAGUUAUGGUGGCAGAAGUGCUAGAACAUGUCUACCGAGUCCCCACAGCGAGGCAGUGGAAAGUACUGGCCCUUCUUCAAGCUGCUGGUUAUUUUGGCAACUUUGACAGGACUAUAUUUGGUGUCGCAGUGCCGCAGAUUCAAAGAGACUUUGCUUUAUCCGAUGCACAAAUCAGCUACGCGGCAUCCUUUCUGGGGCUCUCUGCCAUCCUUGCUGCUGCAAUCUCGUGCUUGUCGGACCGCUAUGGCAGAGCCCAGGUUCUGAUGUGGACGCUGGCCCCGUACACCCUGGCCACGGCCUUGACAGCGCUGUCAAGGAGCAUCGUGACGUUUGUUGCGCUGCAGCUGCUGGCGGCAGCUUUCAUCACUGCGGAGACUUGGGAGAGCGAACACAGACUGGGGCCUUUUUCUUGCGCGCACGUCGCAUUCCGCCAACUCUUCGCGGAGAUGUUUCUUCCAGGAGAUGCCAUCAGAUUGCCGGGGCUGGGCAGUCGGCUUGCUGAACACCGGGUCAGCCUGCGGUUCAGGCAGCUGAGCAAGACUCUGGUCCACUUGCUUUUAGUCGAAGUCGACGGCCAUGUAAAGUCCGCAGAAUCGUUUUCAGCACCGCACACGUCAGAGGCUACAGGCCUAGCACUGCUGCUUUUUGGGGUCUCGGACGGAGCCUGGCGGCUUAUGUACGCGCUCUCAAUUCUGCCGCUGAUCGGUAUCGGCUUCAUGCGCCGACAUCUUCCAGAGUCAAGGCCUCCGGCGCAAACCUUAAUGUGUUGGUCGGUUUCCCCGGCCGGCAAGUCGGCUAAACGUUGUUGA